GUGGUUGGGAACCUUGGGUCAGUUGUGUGUGGACCAGCGACUAGCUAAGACAUAUAUAUACACACACACACACACACGUACAUACACACACAUACACACAUACGUACACACACACACAGACUCUGGUUUCAAGUGUAUAUGUGUACGUGUGUGUAACUUUAUACGUACAUACACAGACGGAGGUAGUGGUGUGUGUGUGUGGUGAUUGUGGUGGUGGUGGUGGUGGUGAUGGUGACGGAGUGGCGGUGUUUGUGAUGGUAAUGACGUCCCACAGAACGAUGGUGAUGGUGGUGGUGGUGGUGGUGAUGACAUGGUGUUCCUCCCUCGUUGCCGCCACCACGUCGACAAACAGUACCCAGAGAAGCAUCGAUGACGAAAGAGGGGGAAGAGAGGGAGAUACUGGAGGAGGAGGAGGAGGAGGAGGAGGUGAUGACAUGGGCGAAGAAGAGGAAAUAAUAACAGACGAGAACAGCACAUGCAUGGAAGGUGAGAUCGGGUGCGUUUGUUACUACGAAGAAUACUACGAAGACGAGGAGGAAGAAACAGACGAAGAAGGAAGAAGAAGAACAGAAGAAGAAGAACCGAACAGAUACACACUCCGUAACUCCCUCAACGAACUGGAAACGGCCGAAAAAACAGAAAAAGAACGCGGAAAAGAUGGACUGCAAUGGACGCUGGAGAGAGGAGUCCAAGGAAACAGCAAUAAAGAAUGGCAGGAAAACAGAGAACCGGGAGACGGAAGAGGAAAACGGAUAGGCAGAAAAGGAGUAGAGGAACAAGAGGAGGAAGCAAGAGGACUCCCAACCCAAGAGGACAAACAAGAGGACGCCAAGAGCAGACAGAAACGUUUCCUCUUCCUCACCCCGGACAGAGGACUUGCGCUCCCUCCCGGCUCGUCCCUAAUUAUCACCCCAACGUUUUCCCUCCCGCUGCGUCGCUACCCUCCCGACGUAUUCAGUUCGGCCUUCCGUAACGCGACCUCCGCAAGCAUGACCGUCAGCAUUCCCUUCACCAUCGGCUUUGAUGACCUGGGUUUGACGUCGGACCUCAACCGUUUUGGCAUCCUGAGUUUAUUCAAGAAGCGGCGGAGGAAGAGGAGGAAGAGGCGGGCGGCGAGGCGAGGAGGGCUGCGAUAUGAUGAUGAAGAGGAGGAGGAGGAGGGGAACGCAAUAACGCCAGGAGGGGACAGGCCGGCGAUGUACGGAGCGGUGGAGGGCAUCCUGGGCCGAGUAGGGGUGCCGGGCAAACCUUGUCUCCUGCGGGCUGUCUGUGAGAUGUUCCAGGCGCCUCUCCUCAACCACGGCCUGCUCGGGGAAUUCCUCGACCUGUUCCUGAGCCCCAGCCGGUCGCCUCCCCAUGAGAAGUCCCGCCUGGAGACCUACCUGGAGGCCGAGAGGGCAGGCCGCACCACGGGGGACUGCACGGCCUACCACGCGGCGUGCCCCAAGCCUCUCUUUACCGACCCCGGACCUAUACUAGAAGGGGAAUUCGAGGAGGACGAGGAGGACGCGGCGCAGCGGCAAGACACGUGUGAGCUCCCAGGAACACGAUACAAAUAGGGCGCCUCCUCUUAACACACUUCCACACACUCCGCACCAGUGACAGAGAGGAAGGCAAACAGAGGCUCAUACAAGGAAACAGAGGGAAAGAGAAAACAGAACUUGCAGUCAUGUGAGUAAAGCAAAAUAGCAAGGAACCAGCGAAGGAAAAGGAAGAAAAAGAAGAAUGAGGAGGAGGAAACACAAACGACAGGACGAGAGGAAGGCAAACAGAGGCUCAUACAAGGAAACAGGGGGAAACCGGAGAAUGGGAAAGAGAAAACAGAACUUGAAGUCAUGUGAGGAAAGCAAAAUAGCAAGGAACCAGCGAAGGAAAAGGAAGAAAAAGAAGAAUGAGGAGGAGAAAACACAAAUGACAGGACGAGAGGAAGGCAAACAGAGGCUCAUACAAGGAAACAGAGGGAAACCGGAGAAUGGGAAAGAGAAAACAACUUGCAGUCAUGUGAGAAAAGCAAAAUAGCAAGGAACCAGCGAAGGAAAAGGAAGAAAAAGAAGAAUGAGGAAGAGAAAACACAAAUGACAAGACGAGAGGAAGGCAAACAGAGGCUAAUACAAGGAAACAGAGGGAAACCGGAGAAUGGGAGAGAAAACAGAACUUGCAGUCAUGUGAGGAACCAGCGAAGGGAAAGGAAGAAAAAGAAGAAUGAGGAAGAGAAAACACAGACGACAGGACGAGAGGAAGGCAAACAGGAGCUAUGCUAUUACAAGGGAACACAGAGAAACAGGUGAGUGGGGAAGAGGAAAGAGAACGAUAGUCAGAGAAAAGGAGUACAAAGAAAACAAAAAAUGAGGGAAACAGGAGAACUUGGAUAGGAAGUGAGGGAAAGAAAAGAUAAGCUACGAGGGAAAGAGAAGCAAAUGGAAAUGGCCGAUCACUGCCCGACAUAUCGCAAUAGGUGCAAGACUACUACACGUUACCUGGCGGAUCACUGCGACUCCUGUACGCUGCCGGAAACACUGCUGCCCGAUCUUUGACAAGUUCGCCGACCACGCAGAUGGUUCCCCGAAUAAUGUGCUCCUUCCCGACUCAUCGUCCAACAGUCGUGGUGCGCGGAUUUCCCCGACGACGGCUGGAAGAUGUGCCACGAAUAUGCUCCCGAAUGCUUCCGGAAUGGCAGUCGGGCAGCUAUCGCGUUCAAAUUCGUGUAUGUGUGAAGGCCGCUUUAGAUCGAAAAAGAGAGCAAAGUGAAGGUAGAAAGGAUUAUAAAAGAAUCCGAAGAGUAAGUAAGAGAAUUUAGACGGGAUUAGAAAGCCACAGCGAUGGAAACAAAGAUAGAAUAAGAAAGGAAUAGAAAAAAAACGAGAAAUGCAAGAAAUAAAAGACAGCCUAACGCAAACAACAACCAACAAUAGAACAACAAAACAACAGAACUUGAUAUAUAAAAAACAACACAUUACAUUUAAAUCAACUCAUUCACUUCUGUUCAACACUUUUUCCAUAUUUUGAUGCGAGGUAGAGGCAUUAUUACAAGCAUUAUGGGGCUCUCUUUCUCUUUUUCCUAUGUUAUUUAUUAUUAUUUAUUCCUAUUUAUUGACACUAUAUAGUAAUAAGAUGAUGAAGGAGGAGGAGG